AUGGCCACUCCGCCCGGUAGGAUGAUCGAGAGCGAGGAGGAGUUUCUCAAUGAUGUUGCCGCGUUUCACGAGCAACGAGGAACCCCCUUCGACCGCGAGGGCAAAGUUAGUGGCCGGCCCAUCUCCUUGCACAAGCUAUAUAGACUGGUCAUGGAAAGAGGCGGAUAUGAUGCCGUGUCUUCAGAACGAAUGCAAUGGAGGACCCUCGUCAAGGAGUUUGGCUUUGGCAAAACCCACGAGGCCGUCAUGACAUUUCAACUCAAAACGGUAUAUUACAAGAAUCUAGCGGCGUACGAAAUUGCCACAUUUUGGGGGGAAGAGCCGCCGCCAAGGGACAUCCUUGAGGACGUCAGUGCAAAAGGCGGCGACCUGCGAACCCGGACGCGCGAAAACUAUCCUCCACCUAGCUAUCGAGGGGCAAUCGAGUCUGCGAUGGCGGACGCUGGGGGAGCAGGGGCAGAGUCCACUGAAGACGACAUGCAAGUGACGCCCAAGCGCGAAAAGACCGAACUCGAAGAGCAAGGAAGCGCAAGCAGAUAUCCCACCCGUCAACUGAGACAAGACCCUAAGCGCACGCAGAUGUUCCAGCCCGACACUGCGCCUCCGCGCAGUCGCAAUGUCCGCGCAACUGACUCUCCCUCUGUGCCGCCGCCCUCGCAACAGCCUUACACAAACACCUCAAAUGACCCGCGCACCCCAAGUUACGACUGGUUUGAUAGGUACGAGCCACGACAACCGGUCGCAUUGACCCUCCGACAAGUUCACACCCCUGGAAAUGACACCUUGUACUACGCUCGCAAGGCCCAUCUCAAAGCCGCAAGCAUGCCUCGGUCCCUGCCCGAACCGCAGCAGUUCCUCAAAUCAUCGAUUCCGACGGCUAUGAGUGGCCCGAAUAUCUACUUAAGGUGCCUUUUAGGUUUGCGAUCAGGAAUUCAGGAAGAGCAGGACUUUGCUUUACACCAUUUGGUCAAGGUGUCAUUCGAGCGCGGCGAUAAGUACAAAUUCGAAGGAUUUCCCUUCCUCGCAGAGGGUCUGCUCGAGAAGGCGCUGGAGAUCACCCAACUGAUCUGUGGUGUCAAAUGGGAGAUCAGCUAUGAUGAAGAUGACGAAGGCCAACCGAUCAACACCCUGAAUGCAGCCUUUGGAACAUCAAACUUGCUUCAACGCAUACAAGCUGUCACUCCAAGGGUCUUGGAUAAGGACUUGGAAUCGGCCGAGUUUUCAGAGAGAUUGGAGAAGUUGAAGGAGGCUAUCCUCGUCCUCCGCAAUAUGGUGAUCCUCGAGGAGAAUGCGGUUUUUAUCCAAAAAUUCCCCCUCUUCAAGGACUUCCUCACGAUUGCCCUCUCACUUCCACACCAACCUAGAAUCGUCGAGUUCAAGCAGUCAGCUCUCGAAAUCACAGAGCAAGUCACCAGGUACUGGGAAAUGAAACCUGAAGACCCGUUGUACAAGUCGCUUCUUCCAUACCUCGAGUCCGAAGACCGAGGUAUGUUAAUUUCAGCCUUGAGGUCAAUCAACAGAAUUGGCCUCGAAAUGCCUGAUGCACAUCGUCUCACUGAUGUACCUCUUUCGACAGUCGAACGAUUGUUUUCAUUCACCCUUCUUGACGACAACGAACUUCUCGAAACGUCACUCGAUUUUCUCUACGAAUACACAGCGAUUCCCGAGAACAAUACGGAACUGCUCGCUAAUUCUUUCCACCUUUUACCAAAUAUCAUUUCGCGCCUUACGAGUCUUCUCCUUUACCAGUCAAUCAAGCACGAAGAACCCGUCGCGGCGAAACCGGCGCCUAAAGUGGCACCAAUUCCAGCCGCCAUCCCAAUCAUUCCACCCGAAGUGCAUGCGCAUCUUCUGCAAUUUGUGGAGCCCGAACGCUCGUCAAGGUGGCUACGGUGUUGCUUUGAAGAGUCUCCGACCGACGACAUCACCCAAAUCGCCAUUUGGCAAGCAUAUCAGGGCAAAUUUGCGCAGAACAAUCCCGUUCCUGCGGCCGACUUCAUCAAGAAUGUGUCAAAUACCUUCGUCUCCGCCCAGGCCCAAGUGAUUAAUGGUCCAACCCCAAGAUUCAUCAUCAAGGGGAUCAAGGCUCGGAGGAUUCUAGUCGAUCUUCAAGGUCGACCUCUGUUUAAAUGUCUGUGGGAUAUGACUCGCUCGGAUAUGCAGGACCAGAAUGGCCAAGUCCAUCCGCGAAAUAUAUGUCCUGUUUGGCAUACAAAACGUGAAACUCUAUGGAAUCACAUCAUGACAGACCAUCUGAAGAUCGAGAAGACGCCUGAAGGACGCUUUAUGCCAAAAUCUGGUGAAACGUGGAUCUGUCGGUGGACAGGUUGCGGACGACAAUCUGCACUAACAAAGAGCAACGAGAUUGGCCCUCAUUUCAAAAUGCACAUCCCCAGGGCGGCAAGCGAACAGUCCAAAAUCAUCCACCACUUGGCGCAAGACGUCAAAGAUCCAGACCCCAUCCAGGUGACGCAUGAAUGGCAUUACACAGCGACGGAUCAAACCGGCCAUCCCUGCGGGAUACCCUGGAUGAGCGUUAUGAUUCUACGGAAUUUGGCGCGAUAUGCCAGCAGACAUGGCCAACCCUUUGAGAAGGAUGGGGUCGGGUUGAACGAGCAAUUAUUUGCGGCUCAUAGGCACGGACUCUUUCAUGUAUUGAGUGUGAGUCGGACAUUAAGGGAUUAUGUCAGCGACCUUCUCAUGAUGAUCGAGGAGGGUCAGAAGGAUGAGAAGAGAGGAUCGAAGAGGGGACGUGAGGGCGAGGAUGAAGAUGGAGACUAG